UUAUAACCGUAUUUUUCUGGAAGAAAUGAGUUCAUAAUAUAGAUAUUGUGGACUCGUUAACUACAUUUUGUUCUACUUUCUGUAUUAUUAUUGCCAUCUUUUAAUUAAGUGAUGCCUUCCGAAACUCACUCAACUAUUCACUACUUGUUUGUUGACGUUUCACGAAAAAUGUACAUGGCAGGGACGUUAUGGAAAUGGACAAAUUAUUUUAGUGGUUGGCAAGAAAGGUGGUUUGUAUUGGACAAUGGAAUUCUUUCAUACUACAAGUCACAAGAUGAUGUUAACUCAGGGUGUAAGGGUUCCGUUAAGAUGUCAGUCUGUGAUAUUUCAGUCCAUACAUCAGACAAUACAAGGCUGGACCUAAUCAUCCCUGGUGAACAACAUUUCUAUGUGAAGGCCCCUAAUGCACAGGAAAGACAAGAGUGGCUGGUGGCCCUGGGAAGUUCAAAAGCAUCAAAGGGCAAACUGAAUGAAGAUCCAGAACUUGUAACACAAGAUCUGCUGAAAACAAAACGUUCAGAAUUACGGCUGUACUGUGAUCUACUUGUGCAACAAAUUCACUCUGUCAAAAUGGCGGCAACACAAAAAGAUGGUCCAGAUAUAGAGAAAUUAGACCAAGCAACGUCCUUGAUAAGUCCAACUUGCGACACAUUUAUUCGCACUAUGGAGGAAUGCAUGCAGCUGAUCCAAUCGUCAUUACCGUAUGAAGGAACCCGUUCUCCAAAUACUCCAAUUACAGAUGCUGCACUCCCUCCUUCUCCUUUAAAACUGCCAAAUAAAAAGAACAGACAUUUUCACAGACAGAAUUCCAGUGAUAGAACUUCAGUCCAUAGUCAUUCUAGAUCUCCAUCCACAUCAAGUGUUGAUGCUACUCCACCUACCCGACAAAACUCCAGAAAUCGGACAGAAUCAGAUGCAUCACUUUCUGAUGUCACAGCAAAAGAUCAUACUUUGGUGGAAAAUAUACCAAACAGUGCAUUAAAUAGUCAAAAUGCAGGAAGAACUUUGAGUCAUGGCUUGGACAGAGAGGGCAUAGUGCAAUCAAAUUCGACUGGUUUUAUACCAUCUAUCCAUAAACUUCAUAACAUAAGUGAAAUUGGUGCAAUGAAUCCUGGUGAAAAUUUAAACAACAGUGCAGUAACCAGUCAUACUGGGCUAAAAAUAGAAUUGACUGGUUCAGUGUCAAGGAGAAACAAUUCAGAGACUGGUUAUCAUUCAAAUGAUGAGGUAUCAAGUGAAGGAGAUGUGUUUUUAGAUCCAGUAGAACCAAGGGUGCCCACCUUUUUCACAGUGAUGGGAACAAGUUUUAUGGAUCUAAAGAUAGCAGAUGAUGCUGGUAUACCAGUGGAACCUUUCCUCGACUCGUGUAAAAACAUGCUGCCUAUUUUUGAUAAAUUGAAUUCCACAGCAUUUGCUCCAGUGAAAAUGGAUUUCCAAGGAAAUAUUAGAAAAGUACGCACUAAGUAUUCGGUCCAUCCGGAGGAGUUUACGACUUUACAAAGCAUAAUACAUCAUGAGAUUAGUAAAAAGCAGCAACAUCUGGCUUCCUCAGCAACCAUGGCCUUGCUUUGGAUGAAAAGAAGUUUAGAAUUUAUUGCUGGAUUUCUGGCAGAAAUUAAGAAAGGGGAGGAGAAUUUAGGUGUAGCAGCAUCAAAUGCAUAUGCUGCAUCGUUAAAACCUUUCCACGGCUGGGUAGUGAGGGGAGUUUUUGCGGUAGCUGUAAAAGCUCUACCAUACCGUAGCACAUUCCUGUCACUACUGAAUCCUAAUGAGGGGGAUGUUGAUGAGCAGGCCUAUAUAUCCAGCCUUAUGACUGACAUUGAUGCAUUCUGCUGUGCAUCGGAUGUUGUUGUGAAAAUUCUAGAUGACUUUUUCACUGCAAAUAAUAUAAAUAUAGAUGAACAAAUUUAAUAUAUUUAUACAUGUUGUAAAGCAACGUUUUAUUACAAAUGUUUAAUUACAUUUAUGGGCCUUAAGCAUAUUGCUAUAUUUCUAGGUGUAUUGUUUGUUAAUAGGCAAAACUGUCAAGGUUUGAAACCAAAUUUUGACCAGGAGCGGUGGUCUAGUGGAUAAGGUGUCGGCCGCUCAAUCCAGGGGUCGUGGGUUCGAGCCCCAUUGGGGUCACGACCAUGACUUCUCAUAUGACACCAGUACUGGUUUUUCCAGGAAGCGGACUCGAGAGUGGUUCCAAUAAGCUUGAAGCUUUCAUCACAAUCGAGCUAAAACAAAUUAGUAUAAACUAAAUUUUGACCACACUCUAAGCAUGGUUCAGGAAAGAUAACUUUUGUUUAAGUUUUGUAGUAAAUUGGGCAUAGCCAAAAUAUUUAUGAUUGGAAUCGAAAAAAGUUUUCUUGUUAGUUUUGUUUUAAAACUAAGACCCUAAAUUGCCAGUAUUUAAAACCGAGACGUAAUACUUGGAACAAAAAUACUGUCAAAAUCCUUUCCAGGUUGGCUAUUUGAAAACACAACUUUCUAAGAUAAGUAAGUGUAUUAAGGUAAUCUUUUAGUCUGUGACGUGUACAUUUUUGAAAAUGGUAUGUACAAAAAAAAAAUAAUUCUGAAUUCUAAAAGUGCCUGUCAAACUGGCCUAUAAGUCGCCUCACGUAAAAUAUUAACAAUGAAUCCCAGAUAUACAUGAUAAAAGAAUAUUAUAAUGAACAAAUAUUUUUCAUUAAAAGUGCUUUAACUUAAUAAGUUAUUUCUGUGUUGUGCAAAACCAAAAUUUAGAACCAAAAAAUUGAAAAAUCAUUCUGAAAUUCUUUUGCAAGUUAGCAAAGUCUUGUCCGUAAUGGUCUAAUCUAAAUAUGGUCUUAUCACAGUUAACUCAUUGUAUAUGAAUAGGAGACUCUUUGCUAGUUUAAGUUGUAGAUUGAAAUAUCUGGCAUGAGGGAAAAUAGGUGGUAACCAUGCCCUGCAGUGUUGUGGCAGAACAGUUACUUGAGAGCCCGAUAUUUUCAUCCACACCUACAAUCAGAGAUAGAUUCUUUCUUUUUUUUUUGCAUACCACACUAUCUUUAUUUUUUUUAUUUUAUUUUAUUUUUUAGCUCACCUGAGCACGAAGUGCUCAAGGUGAACAUUUGUGAUCGCCCUGUGUCCGUCGUCUGUCCGUCAUCAACAGUUUGACAAUUUUGGCCUAAUCUUACUAAUCUUAAUGAAACUUGGUCAGAAUGUUACCCUCAAUAAAAUCUUGGACGAGUUCGAUAUUGGGUCAUCUGGGUCAAAAACUAGGUCACCAGGUCAAAUCAAAGGAAGAGCAUGUUAACACUCUAGAGGUCACAAUUUUGGCCCAAUCUUAAUGAAACUUGGUCAGAAUGUUACCCUCAAUAAAAUCUUGGACGAGAUCAAUAUUGGGUCAUCUGGGGUCAAAAACUAGGUCACCAGGUCAAAUCAAAGGAAAAGCUUGAUAACACUCUAGAGGUCACAAUUUUGGCCCAAUCUUAAUGAAAAUUGGUCAGAAUGUUACCCUCAAUAAAAUCUUGGACGAUUCCAAUAUUUUAUAAUCUGGGAUCAAAAGCUAGGUCACCAGGUCAAAUCAAAGGAAAAGCUUAUUAACACUGUAGAGGCCACAUUUAUGACUGUAUCUUCAUGAAACUUGGUCAAAAUGUUAAUCAUGAUGAUCUCAAGGUCAGUUUAGAAUCUGGGUCAUGUAGGGUCAAAAACUAGGUCACCAGGUCAAAUUGAAGGAAAAGCUAGUUAACACUCUAGAGGCCACAUUUAUGACCAUAUCUUAAUGAAACUUGGUCAGAAUGUUAAUCUUGAUGAUCUGUAGGUCAAGUUCAAAUUUGGGUCAGGUGGAGUCAAAAACUAGGUCACUGGGUCAAAUCAAAGGAAAAGCUUGUUAACACUCUAGAGGCCACAUUUAUGACUGUAUCUUCAUGAAACUUAGUCAGAAUGUUAAUCUUGAUGAUCUUAGGUCAAGUUCGAAUCUGGGUCAUGUGGGGUCAAAAACUUGGUCAAGAGACCACAUUUAUGACCAUAUCUUAAUGAAACUAUCUUGAUGAUCUUAAGGUCAAUAGGUCAGGUGAGCGAUACAGGGCCUUCAUGGCCGUCUUGUUUUGGUUUAACGUUGCACCAACACAAUUAUAGGUCAUAUGGCAACUUUCCGGCUUUUGAUGGUGAAGGAAGACCCCAGGUGCCCCUCUGUGCAUUAUUUCAUCACGAGUGAGCACCGGGGUAGAACCAUCGACCUUCAGUAAGCCAGCUGGAUGGUUCCUCACAUGAAGAAUUCAACGCCCGGAGUGAGGCUCAAACGCACAUCAAUGAGGGGCAAAUGAUUUGAAGUCAGCAACUUUAACCACUCGGCCACGGAGGCCCCUCUAUCUUUAUUGUAGUAGCAUAUGGAUUUACACAUCCAUUCCUUAACUGCAGCAUGCAUAUCACCUUAAAUCUUGGGGGUGUAAGACAAGUUUUCUAGCACUGGCAGAAAUAAAGAAAAAUCCUGUAUGGCAUGCAAGUAUUGUAGUUCAUUUCAACAAGUAUUGGACAGAAUUGGCAUUCAGAUAUUACAAAUGUCUGUUGUUAACUUCAGGUCUGAAUUUCAUAGGCAGAUACUUUGAAUGAGAGUUUAUACCAUUUUGUUACAUGUUUUAAAGGUUAUGGACUAAGUCCAAAUUAUACAUGUCAAAUUUUAAUGCGCUUGAAUUUUGUUAUGUAAACUUUUAUUUUGUGGAGCAGUUUGCAACCAUUCCAUGUUGUACAGUAUUUAUGUAAUUUGUGAAUGUUUUUAUUUAUUUAAUAAUUUAUUAUUGUUUUUGUUUCAUUGAGCUGGCUUUAUUAGGAAUACCCUUCUUUGUUAAAGAUGUGUCUUUAAUUUGAAAUCCAUUUUAUUAGUUAUGUUUUUUGUUUUUUGUUGGAUGAUAAUUUAUUGGGCAAAUUAUUUCAGAUUGAAAUAGUUAAGAUGAAAAUGCAUACCAUUGUUGUUAAUAACAUAUUUUUGAAUGGAUUAUGGAAACUGAAAUAUAGUUUGGUCAAACCACAUAUAGGUGGUCAGAAAAAGAACCUUAUCGUUAGGGUUCAAUGGGUCAAAGGUCAAGAUUACAGUCACCUUUAGACCGAAAAUGGUUUCUGAUCAAUAGCUGUAAAAUGAUUGAGCCUACAGAAGUUGCACUGUGUAGGAUGGUAGUUUGUGAUCAGUUAGUGGCUCAGGUUAAUUUGAAAGCAAUAGGUCAGAGGUCAUGGUCGUCAUAUUAUUAACCUUGUGAGUGAAAAUGGUUUUCAGUCAAUCACUGUAUAACUCUUAUACCUUCAGUUGCCAGACUUCACAGAGUGAUUGCAUUAUUGUGUUCAGUAGACGACCCUUUUGAUCCCUUGGUCAUUAUUUCAAAGAUCAAGGUCAUUAGGUCUAAGGUCAAGGUCAUGGCAUUCUUAACCCUUACCCCGCUAAAUGUCUGUAAUGAAAUUGUCCAUCUUUCAAAUUGACAGUACCAUUAACUGUUUAAAGGGGUGCUUACCAAAACGAUACUGCCAGAAUGGUGAACAGUGCAGAUCAUGAUCAGACUGCAUGGACGUGGAGUCUGAUCAUGAUCUACACUGGUCGUAAAGGCAGAAUCAAUCAUGUCCAGCAUGUUAAGGGUUAAUACUGAAAGUGACCUUCCAAGUUACUUCCAACAGGCCAUGAUGUAUGGCAUAAUUGACACAUUGUGUUUUGUUUAGCAUAAAUUGUUUAGAAGAUUGUUUAUCUUGGAUUUUGUUUACAUCUGCUUUUUUCGCCAUUUCACCUCGGUAUUAUAAACAUGGGCUUACUUUAAAUAUUUCUUCCAAGCUUUCAGUCAUAUGAUACAGGCCUAAAAUACAUUCUCCAGGUUUGUUUUAAUUGUGUAACUUUUUUUUUGGUAUAGUUUUAGGAAGUCACAGUCAGAGUAAUGAACUGUUUCAUAUUUACUGUUUGUUCCAUCUUUUACAUUGCAGGGCUUUUCCUUGAUUUUUUUAGCUCACCUGUCACAAAAUGACAAGGUGAGCUUUUGUGAUCGCGCGGCGUCCGUCCGUGUGUCCGUGUGUCCGUGCGUGCGUCUGUAAACUUUUGCUUGUGACCACUCUAGAGGUCACAUUUUUCAUGGGAUCUUUAUGAAAAUUGGUCAGAAUGUUCACCUUGAUGAUAUCUAGGUCAGGUUCGAAACUGGGUCACGUGCCAUCAAAAACUAGGUCAGUAGGUCUAAAAAUAGAAAAACCUUGUGACUUCUCUAGAGGCCAUAUAUUUCACAAGAUCUUCAUGAAAAUUGGUCAAAAUGUUCACCUUGAUGAUAUCUAGGUCAAGUUCGAAACUGGGUCACGUGGGGUCAAAAACUAGGUCAGUAGGUCUAAAAAUAGAAAAACCUUGUGACCUCUCUAGAGGCCAUAUUUUUCAUGAGAUCUUCAUGAAUAUUGGUCAGAAUGUUCACCUUGAUGAUAUCUAGGUCAAGUUCGAAACUGGGUCACGUGGGGUCAAAAACUAGGUCAGUAGGUCUAAAAAUAGAAAAACCUUGUGACCUCUCUAGAGGCCAUAUUUUUCAUGAGAUCUUCAUGAAUAUUGGUCAGAAUGUUCACCUUGAUGAUAUCUAGGUCAAGUUUGAAACUGGGUCACGUGGGGUCAAAAACUGGGUCAUUAGGUCUAAAAAUAGAAAAACAUUGUGACCUCUCUAGAGGCCAUAUUUCUCAAUGGAUCUUCAUGAAAAUUGGUCAGAAUGUUCAGCUUGAUGAUAUCUAGGUCAAGUUCGAAACUGGGUCACGUGGGGUCAAAAACUAGGUCAGUAGGUCUAAAAAUAGAAAAACCUUGUGACCUCUCUAGAGGCCAUAUUUCUCAAUGGAUCUUCAUGAAAAUUGGUCAGAAUGUUCACCUUGAUGAUAUCUAGGUCAAGUUCGAAACUGGGUCACGUGCGGUCAAAAACUAGGUCAGUAGGUCUAAAAAAAGAAAAACCUUGUGACCUCUCUAGAGGCCAUAUUUCUCAAUGGAUCUUCAUGAAAAUUGGUCAGAAUGUUCACCUUGAUGAUAUCUAGGUCAAGUUCGAAACUGGGUCACGUGCGGUCAAAACUAGGUCAGUAGGUCUAAAAAUAGAAAAACCUUGUGACCUCUCUAGAGGCCAUAUUUUUCAAUGGAUCUUCAUGAAAAUUGGUCAGAAUGUUAACCUUGAUGAUAUCUAGAUCAAGUUCGAAACUGGGUCAUGUGGGUUUAAAAAACUAGGUCAGUAGAUCUAAAAAUAGAAAAACCUUGUGACCUCUCUAGAGGCCAUAUUUUUCAUGAGAUCUUCAUGAAUAUUGGUCAGAAGGUUCAUCUUGAUGAUAUCUAGGUCAGGUUUGAAACUGGGUCACGUGGGGUCAAAAAUUAGGUCAGUAGGUCUAAAAAUAGAAAAACCUUGUGACCUCUCUAGAGGCCAUAUUUCUCUAUGGAUCUUCAUGAAAAUUGGUGAGACUGUUCAGCUUGAUGAUAUCUAGGUCAGGUUCGUAACUGGGUCAUGUGCCGUCAAAAACUAGGUCAUUAGGUCGAAAAAUAGAAAAACCUUGUGACCUCUCUAGAGGCCAUAUUUUUUCACGAGAUCUUCAUGAAAAUUGGUGAGAAUGUUCACCUUGAUGAUAUCUAGGUCAAGUUUAAAAGUGGGUCACGUGCCUUCAAAAACUAGGUCAUUAGGUCAAAUAAUAGAAAAACCUUGUGACCUCUCUAGAGGCCAUAUUUUUCAAUGGAUCUUCAUGAAAAUUGGUCAGAAUUUUUUAUCUUGAUGAUAUCUAUGUCACAUGUGCUGAAAAACUAGGUCACUUUGUCAAAUAAUAGAAAUAACGACGUCAUACUCAGUUCAACACUGGGUCAUGUGGGGAUAGGUGAGCGAUUCAGGACCAUCAUGGUCCUCUUGUUUUAUAUAACAUAUUACCAUUGAUAGUAUACAACAUUAUCAAGAACUCCAAGAGGGGUAAUACGUUUUGAUUAAUUUUUCAAAAUAUCUUCAUUAGUUUCAAAUUUAUAGUAAAAAAAAAAACAACAUGGAUCAGUUUUUGCCUUCAGAUAUGAGUAGAUAAUAAAAUUUUCAGGAUGUUAUAGGUAGCAUAAAAUCAACAUAAUUAUCCAUUUUGAAAAUUUAGAAUAAAGUUUCAAAAAAUAUUUUUUUGAAUUUGUUUGUCCGCUUUUUACACUGGGAGGAAUACAUUGAUGGCAGCAAUUUUGACAUUUAUUGUUGAAUGUAUCUUUAGUAAUUAAGGUGAUUUGUGUUCAGUUUAUAUCUGGAUAUUGCAAACUAAAGCCACAAUUCACAUAAAACUAUAAGAAUUAGAUGGUCAUUUCCCUGAAUAGUACUCUUUGCUUAUACAAAUACAUGCACUAGAGUAGAGCUGUGGUAGAUAAAAGUUGAUUUUCCAUUGAUGAAACAUAUCUAUAAUAGAUUGUUCUUGAUUAUAGAAAGCUAUUCACAGAUGUUUGAAAUAAAAUUGAAAUUUUAAAAUAUUUUUAAGAAGGUUAUAUAUAAAAUAUAUUAUAAUUAUGAGUUCUUUUGUCAGUAGAAUAAAUGUCAUGACUUUUUUAUUUGUAUAUAUUUGAUAAAAGGUUUUUACUUUCGAUCUUGUUUUUGUUAAGAUAUUCCUGGGAUUGUAUCGAUAUAAUGCCAGGAUAUGCAUUGUAUGUCAGUUUGUGAGAAAGCAGAGGUAUUGAAAAUCUUCGCUUCGCUUGUAAAAAUAUUGCUUUAAAAAUAAUUCAUCCAUUUUGGAAGCUGUAAAUGUUGCAUGAACAGAUUUACAUGUGGUUUGUCAGCAACAGUACUGUAAAAGCAUAUAUUUUCGUUCGGUCAGAAUUUCACGAAAUUGAAAUUUUGAGUAUCUUCGUGAGGUUUAAUAUUCACGGAAUUGUAAAAAUACUAAUAGUAUACUUAAAUUUGAAUUAUACUAAUGGUGAAUAUUUAUGUGAGGAUUAAUUUUCGCGACAUGUAGUGCCUCCGAAAUUUAGUGAAAAUUAAGCCCUUGCGAAAAUUUCUGCUUUGACAGUACACAAAAGUCAGUAAGAGUCCUUGUUAUUUAUUCACGAAAAGGGUGAAAACAUUAGUUAUAUUUUUGUUAAUGUGUUUACAUUUUCACUGUUGUUGAUUUAUUCUUAAGAUUAUGUACACGAUGGGAACUCAAAAUAAAAGAGAGAAA